AAAGGAACAAAAGAGGAAUUAUCUAAGAAAAGGAAAAUAUACAUAUACAAUUUUUCUAUUUAUUUGGGUAUCAACUUUAUUCUCUUAUGCUAUUUUCAUCAUAUGCGUCAUAAAAACAAAACAAAAAAUCAGCAGAAAACAUCAGUUUCAUAAUUUUUAAAAACAAAUUUUGUCCUAAAAAUAUAUAAAAUUUCGAAUAUUUUUAAGAGAAUUAUUCUAUAUCAUAAACAAAUUUAUUGUACAUCAUUCACCAACCGAUCUUGGAUGAAAAAGGCAAAAUUAGAGCAAAACCGCAGCAUUUGCACUGCCCACCUACCCCACCCACCCGGGGAUAGCAACUAUACCAAACCAAUGAACCCAUCGGUUUAACAUUGGUACAUGUUUUUCCAAAAAUCAGUCAGAUGAAUACCAAAAUGUCUUAAAAUAGUGGAGUAGCAGUGUAGCACAAAGUUACACAGUAAAUGAGAAGAAAUCUAUCAAUUUAACUCAAUCAGUAUCACACACUCGUAAUUCGAUUUAACGAGCCGAACCGGAUUUGUAGGAUCGGUCCUGUCUCAACAACUCUGUCUCUCGGUACUCCUAUUAAUUUUUUAGCUUUAAAUCUGGCUGUGUCAGGUUCUGGUGGGAAUUAUUAUUUCUGGUAAAGAAGCAAAAACAAUGAGGGAGGAAGCAAAGAUCUUCACACUUUCAGAAGUUUCAAAACACAACCACGCUAAUGACUGUUGGAUUGUCAUCAGUGGAAAGGUGUAUAAUGUGACGAAGUUCCUUGAAGACCAUCCUGGUGGGGAUGAAGUUCUCUUGUCUUCAACAGGGAAGGAUGCAACGGAUGAUUUUGAGGAUGUGGGACACAGCGAGAGCGCCAGAGAGAUGAUGGAACAGUACUACGUUGGAGAGAUUGAUCCAACGACAAUACCAAAGAAAACCAAAUACACACCUCCAAAACAGCCUCACUACAAUCAAGACAAGACCUCUGAGUUCAUAAUCAAGAUCCUCCAGUUCCUUGUACCCCUUGCCAUUCUCGGUUUAGCAGUUGGGAUUCGUAUUUACACAAAGGCAGCGUAGUCUUCUUCUUCUUUUUUUUUAGCAUUACUCCUACUUAUCAUCUUACAAAUAUAUAGAGAGAGAACAAGAUUUAAGUCUUCUGAGAAGACAAAUCUUGAAUUCUCUCUCUUCAUUAAUGUCUCUAUGUUUCCAAUCUCUUGUUGUUUGAAUGUUGUUCUGCGCUGUUAUCAAGUGUUAUGAUGGAAAUUGCAUAUGAACAGCAGUCUUGCAGUAAUGCAACUGAUAUUGAUGUAUAAUUCAUAUUACAAAAUAGAGUUAUGACUUUGAGGGAUA